AAUGUCGCCAUGUUUACUAUUUUCAAAAUGGCGGACGGAUUGGUCUGAGAUGCCCGGGAUAAACCCGGCCGUUUUCUCGCAGUUUGUGUUUGCUACAGAGCUGGCAUUCCAACAUGAGCUUGCUAAAGAAGCUAGCGUCCCUAGCACCAGCGCAUCCCUCACAUGGCGACGUAGAAAGACGAGAAAUCGCGGCACCGACACUUGUUGGGAAUGCAGAAUAUUUGAAACUUGUAGAUGUUCACUGGAAUAGUUCUCAGCAAAUUAUGGGACUGGAUUCUAAAACUGUCGGACCUCAGGAAAGAUGCAAGAUUUUAAUGUACCAUCUGAAUGAAAUAGUCUCAGUUUUAGCGGAGGAGAAAGAAGAAUGCCCCGGUCCCUGCUUGAAAUAUGUGCUGGACGAAAACAUUUUUGAAAUCGUGUUUAUGUGGGGAACAUCUUCUUACGUUAAUGAAUUAAUGAAACGCGAACAGAUUAAAGUCUUUAGAAAUCUUAUAGAGCGUUCUAAAGCACCUAUUUUAAUUUACGAGCAAGUUUGGAAACCUCUAUUGUGUCUACUGCAUUCUUGUGCUUCAACUAAACUCCCUUCGGAUAUGGAGGAAGACUAUGUAGCAGUUCUGAAAGGAUUGUGUGUAAGCGCUAACCGAGAUAUCGUACUCUUAGAUCUAUUUUUCCUAGAGAACCACAAUCACAGUGAAAUAUCUGGAUUUUCGGUGUUUUCUUUGCUGAUCCCUUACGUCCAUCGCGAGGGAGACCUUGGGGUUUGGGCAAGAGAUGCGAUGCUUCUGAGCAUGGCUCUGUCUUCUAUAGACGCUAGACUUGGGUCCUAUAUUGUGGAAGAGACCAACUUUUGCCCGAUUCUAGCCAUAGGCCUGAGUGGGCUGUUUUCGGACUUGCCAACAUCGCUUGACAUACCCUCGGAAGACUGGUACUCUCUUGAGAGAGGGCUAUGGGCAACAUUCCCUGAGCUGGUUGCAUUCUUGACUUCUCUUGAGUUCUGCAACAAUGUCAUACAGAUUGCCCACCAUAAAGUACAACACAUGCUGCUGGAGCUCAUCUAUCAUGGCUUUCUUGUUUCCGUCAUGUCGUCUGCCCUAACACAGAGUUCUGUAGAGGCUUUGACAGCAGUCACAGCAUACCUAGACCUUUUUGUGAGGAGCAUCACCGACUCCAAGCUGAUGCAGGUGUUUGUCAAGUUCCUUCUGGUUGAGAAGUCUGAUGGUGUUCCGAUUCUUGAGUCACUGGUGGCACGGAUAGGCCAGGAGUCACAGCUGGCUGUAGUAUCUCUUGGCCUUAUCUACACCCUGCUUGAUCUGAAUUGCGAAGAUAUCCUGUACACUUUGGUGCUCAAAUACUUGAUUCCCUGCACUCACAUCCUGAGCAGUCAGAGGCGCACUGUGCGCGAGGUCGAUUACUACAGCAAGAGUGCGGCGAAAUUCCUCUCGCUGAUCCCAUCAUGCUGUCACGGGCUGAGCACGUGCUUAGCCAGUAGUCGACCCGAGUCCCCCUCAUGCCUUUCGUCCACAGAGAGCCUAAACAAGUCCAUCGAGGUUAAGAUUGACAUGAAGACUUCGCAUGAUUUCGUAAAAUACAGGCCACAGCCACAUGUACACGGAGGCGAGGCGACGCUGGCAGACUACCUGGAGUACUUGGCUGACGCGCGCCAGGCCAUACGGAACUGCCAACUGCGCUGCUCCUGCUGGUCCAUGCAGUACGACGGCACAGACCUCUCAUCUACCGACGACUCCACGGAAAACAAUCCAGCCAAUAAACGGCGCUCGCUCGUGCUCGCCAAUGGCUCCAUACCCCGAAGUGCGUCCGACGUGAGUUCGACGCUAGCUGUGAAGGCUUCGGAUAAAACGAAGCGCUCACUGUCGUCGAAUGACCUGUGUUUGCCUUCUGCCGAGGAAGGUCUUGGCCCUUUUCUUAGUACGCUGUUCCGGAAGCUGGAGAACAUGGCGCAGAAUACGUUUUACGUGAACUUGAUUCUAACCGCAGUCAUCACCAGAUUGUGCUAUUACCCGCAACCCCUCCUGAAGUCCUUCUUGUUGAACUACAAUAUCGUGCUGAAACCGGGGGUCCGCUCGCUAUUUCAGAUUCUGAGCUCGAUCAAGAUCAAGGUGGAGAAUGUUGUAGAGAGUGUGGAGGGGCUACACAAGCUACUGCGCCGCGCUAGGAACAACCUCAUCCUGCGCGAGGAGAAAAGCAAGGCAAGUAUCCAAAGCGUGGUGGCCGACGUGCCCAUCCCAACGCGCGAAUCCAUCGCCAGCCCUACCACCCAGAAACGCCUGGCCAGGCAGAAAACAGACACUUUUCUGGCAGUCCGAAUUCGGGACGGGCCACCGCCCUCACUGAUGCGCGCUCACAGCAUCGGCAGCAUCGGCUCCGCUAGCACCUCCUCCAGUCUCUCUCUGACAGACUCCAUCGAGAGCCUGGGUAACUUGAGUCCGCAGUUUGGCAGCACAGCGGAUAUCAGUGAGGACGCAAGCCCUGUAAGGCAAGCGCCUGAUACCACAGGUCGCCCAAGGGCUAGCGCUGUGGUCCGGGAGAGCCAGACUCCGUGGAAGAGGAACACCUUCAGACGUAAGAACCCAAAGGCCGUAAAGAACGCCGUGUAUUGCAUCGUGGUGCUGGAAGAGUGGCUCAAGGAGCUAGCGGCCAUCUCUCAGGAGCAUGCGCUGUUGCCGCUCGUACCUCAGGAGAUGCAAGAUGUCUGACGCAACCAUACACUUUGAGAUGUUCGCUUUGAUAACCAGUAACAGUGGAAAUCUCGAAUUUGUCACCUGGAAGAUUUUGAUAUUAGUAUUUUUAAUCUCGAUCGCAAAAGUUUACACAUAUUGUAAAUAUCUUCAAUGUAACAUUACCCCAACGUAGAAAAUAUUCGUGAAAUUAAUUAAAUCAUUUUCGCGCGCUAUGAAGGAAUUAUAGAGGAAACUUCUUAUUUUAGGCUCCACAUUUAUGGAAACAAGCAUAUUUUUUAUUAUUAUUUCAAACAGGCGCUUUAGGAAUACUAGGAAAUCAAUAUUCAUCAAAUCCUACGGAACGCACCGUCUCGUCAAUGCUGUGUGAAUUUAGACCCAGCCGACGGCUUCACGAAUACCCGAAGAAGCUUUCGGCCACACUCGAUAAGGCAUCGCCCGAUGCACAUAAUGUUAAAUCAGGCUUUGCGCACUAAAAAGAAAAUGAUAAGAAAUUUACCUCUUUCGACCAAUUACCAAGAUACAAAGUAUUUCAACCUAUCUACGAACAAUUUUACAUACAUUUGCAUUCAAAGAACAAAAUUUUUGCAGUGCACAUAUAUAGUUUUCAUCCCUCGGACCACAUACUGUAAUUUAUAAAGGAUUCGUAUGUGAAAUAAAGAUACCUUCUUAUUCG